AUGUCUUCUCAAAACCAUCAUGGUACUUUAUCCCUGAAAGACAUAUUAGACAAUGGAUUUCUGAUGAGUGCUUCCAGCAAUAACAACUCUCCAGGUAGCAGCUUAUUUCUGGACAUGAAUCAUGCUCCCAAAUCAGAAGACUGGGACAGUAAAGGGACUACUCUAAAUGUCAAGGUUACAGAAUUUUCUUCAGGUAGUAUGAAAGGAGACCUGCAAACUUCAUGUGACAGUGGGACAUCUUUUUGUAAAACCCCAUCCCAACCAUCUGCCUUUGACUUGUCUAAUUUGAGUUCUGCUAAUAACAGCAAAGCAAAUUCCUUAGUGAACACGUACCAUGAUACUAAGUCAUCUACACCAUGCAGAGAAGACAAGGCCUCUGAACUAACUGAACACAUGAUACUAAAAAGUUCUGAAAUGAGUGAUGAUGUGGUCUUCAAGAAGCCACUACAGCCACCAAUAUGGGAGAUUUCUGGAAUACAAGCCACUGUGGAUAAUUCUCUGUCUCUUGAAGCAAGCUUAGAAGAUACUGGCUCCCUGGGUUGCAUGAAAACAGAUACGCCAUCUCUGGAGAGGUCACAUUUUGCUAUGCCAGCUGAUCCAUAA